AAAAACAUCGCCCGUCGCCUCUCCUACGCCAUGUCACCACCAUCUGGCGUCAACGCGCAACUGCGACACCUCGUCCACUACCACCUCGAUAAUGGAAUGCUGGAAAAUGCCCUUUUCUUCGCCGGCCGCCUGCACGCCCUCGAGCCUCGCAACGGAGACGCUGCGCACCUGCUGGCCCUCUGCAAUCUUCGUCUCGGACGCUACAAAGCCGCAUUCGACUAUGCCAAACCGAAGAACCACUCCCCGCAUCUAGGCUGCGCGUAUACAUUUGCGCAGGCCUGUUUGGGCCUGGAGCGGUUCGAGAUGGGCGCCCAAGCGCUUGAGAAGGCGCGCGGGCUGUGGGCGGGUCGAAAUCACUGGAAUAAACACUCGGAUACGUCGAAACGCCACAUGCCCGACGCCGCCGCGUGUUAUCGCCUGCUUGGAAAACUGUAUGCCGCGCACGGCGAGACGAAGAAGGCCAUUGAUUACUACGUAGAAUCGCUUAAGCUGAAUCCCUUGAUGUGGGAUGCCUUUGUGGACUUAUGCGACAUUGGGGCCGUUGUGCGACCCCAAAAUAUCUUCAAGAUUACACCGGACAUACUGGCGUCAAUGUCACACGUUGCGUCGAAUGGCCAUGCGCUCAACUCAUUCACCUCCCAGGACAGCUUUGACCAGAGUAAUCCGUUUGUUUCGACACCGGAUGUGGACCCUUUCAACCCCACGGGACGACCAGGUGCCGAUGUAGGAUUGAAUUUGGGGGGCGCGAACUUGCUAUCGAGACUGAAUGGCAGUGCUCCUAUCUCGUACGCAAAUGGUUCCAGCUCAGCAUACCCGGACGCGGAAACACCAACCUCGAAUGGUCUUUAUAGAGCUGAAGAGGACGUGAUGAUGGGCGAAACAGGCGGUCCAGUGAUGCACGAUCAUCACCAUACAGAACUUCCUCCCCGUGCACCCGUUCGGAAGACCCGGAUGCAAAACCUCAGCGCGGCCAACGAAGAACCGCCAAAGAUGCGGUCAAUAACGACUAGAACGCGGUUCAAAACCGCAUCAGAAAUGAAUGAGAGGACCGAAAUUCCAGGGCCAGUGGGACAGAAUGGUCAUAAGAGAACUAUCUCUGGGCACUCGGCUCGAGAGCAAGCCCAACAAGCCAGCGCGCCACCACCUGUAGAUCCAGCUGCCGCGCCUCCACGGAGGAGCGUGAGAUUGUUGAACACAUUGAGCAGCCAAAUCCGGCCGUCUGGCAGCAGGUUAGCUGCUGCGACGAGUAGGGAUCAGGAAGCCAAGGAUCGUCGGGAGAUGAGGAAGGCAAAAGCCCCGGGAGCAAAGGGUAAAGCUGGUGGCAUGUCGACGGUUGGACGAGUUGUUAGCGGCAAUCGUAAACCACCAGUGGAUCACUCGGAUUCCAUGAAACCGGACUCGAGGCCUGCGAGUGUCGCCUCCACAAUCAUUGCUCCUCCGAAGAUGUUGGUACCGGUCGAUACAAGCAGGGAGCAAGAGGCGCUCAACUGGUUGCUGGAUCUUUUGCUCAAGAUGGGCUCAGGAUAUAAAUAUCUGAGUCGCUUCGAAACCGACAAAGCUCUCGAGGCAUUGCAAUCAAUACCAGCACCACAGAGGGAAACACCUUGGGUGCUUGCACAGAUGGGCAAGGCUUAUUACGAGCGGUCGAUGUAUACAGAAGCCGAAAAGGCAUUCCAACGGAUACGUGACAAGUCACCGUCGCAUCUUGAAGACAUGGAAGUGUAUUCCAACACACUGUGGCAGUUGAAGAAGGAGACAGACUUGUCGUAUCUUGCGCACACGCUUGUCGAUCAGGACCGCCUCUCGCCGCAGGCCUGGUGCGCACUUGGAAACGCAAUGUCUCUCCAACGAGAACACGACCAAGCCAUCAAGUGUUUCUCGCGAGCCACGCAGCUCGAUCCAAAGUUUGCGUACGCCUUCACAUUGCAAGGCCACGAGCACAUUGCGAAUGAGGAGUUCGACAAGGCAAUGUAUGCCUACCGAUGCGCCAUUAGCGCAGACAACAAGCACUACAACGGCUGGUACGGCCUGGGACACGUGUACGAGAAGAUGGCCAAGUACGAGGUGGCAGAAAAGCAUUACAGAGCGGCCUUUGCAAUCAACCCCACCAAUCCUCUGCUCGCCGUCCGGAUUGGAUUCGUUCUCGACCGCAUGAAGAAAACCGAAGCCGCCCUCCACCAAUACGAAGCGGCGAUCCGCCUCGACCCUCGCUCGACCCUUGCCCGUUUCCGCAAAGCCCAAAUCCUCCUCAAGAUCAACGCCCCCGACGAAGCCCUCCAGGAACUCAUGUACCUCAAAGACGCGGCGCCCGAAGACGCCAACGUGCAUUUUGCGCUUGCUCGCACGUUCAAGCGCUUGAGGAACCGCACCGAGGCCGUGCGGCAUUUCACGAUUGCGCUGAACCUGGAUCCCAAGGCGCAGCCACUCAUCAAGGAGGCGAUGGAUAGCUGGGAGGAUGAAGGGGCCGAGGGGUUCAGUAGCGAGGAUGACCGGUGA